AUGUUCGCGUCAAUCAGAAAGCACUUUGAGCUUUUUGGUGGUCAGUCAAGGUUUCGCCGCCUCAGGAGAAGCCCUUCCGUUGAGGUGGACACCCACAGCCAAAAUACUACAUCCUCUGAGGGAGCCAAUCAUACCCUGCUGAUCCACAGCCCCGUAGAACUCAAAAGAGGCUGGAGGAGGCAGAAGCAGCACCUCUUCUUAUACAGCGAUGUGUUGCUUAUAUCUAAUACCAAGUAUAAAAAGAACUUGAAGGUAAAAAAUGAAAUACCACUGAGCACCAUGUGGACUGCCAACUGUACAGACAAAGUUGGUGAAGCCAACAUUGGUGCCAGGAAGUCCUUUGUCCUAGGCUGGCCCACGGUGAACUUUGUGGCCACCUUCAGUUCUUCCAAACUAAAGGAAAAAUGGCACUCUUUCCUUCAAAGGUACAUCAAGUUAGCCAAAGAGAAGGACCAGCCAAAAAGCAUUCCCCUCAAAAUCUUCACUGAGGACAUCAAGAACUGUGCCUGUUCUGUAACUAUAACAGUAACAAAUUCAGACACAGUGAAUGAUGUUAUCAACAUGUCACUUUCAAAGCUAGGAAUAACUGGCUCUGAGAAAGAUUACCAGCUGUGGGCCAGUUCUGGUAAGAAAGAGGCCUCAUACCCACUCAUCGGGCAUGAACAUCCCUAUGGAAUUAAAAUGAGCCAUCUUCCAGCUACUGUGCUCCUGCAGCGGGGAUCGGAGGACUCCACCUCUCCUUCUGCCCUCCAGGAGGCCUUCCCACUGCAGCAGGAGUCCCAAGAGAUCCAAGGCCGGUUUAUCCUGAAACCCAAGCACACAGCCAGGAACCAAGCCAGGAAUCAGCAGGGGAAAGAUGCAGGCCAAAAGACAGUCAAGAAGAGUUCUGCCAAAAACUGGGCCUUCUGGCGGAGCUUCAGGACUCGCCGGGACAGCCAGGGCCCAGCCCCACCGCCCACAAAGCCAAAACUGCUCUUCGGAGUUUCUCUGGAGGAUGUGUGCGAUGAUGACAGCCUGCCCACCCCAAUCCGAGAUAUACUUUACUUUAUCAAUCAAAAAGGGCCACUCACAGAAGGCAUCUUCAGUAAACCAGGUGGUAUAAAAUCAUGCAGAGCCCUAAAGGAGAAGAUAAACUCUGGGGACAAAGUGAACUUGGAUGAGGAAUCCGUUCUUGUGGCAGCAUCCGUCUUCAAGGAUUUUCUUCGAAAUAUCCAAGGAAGUAUAUUUUCGUCCAGUCUCUAUGAUAAAUGGCUUGGUGUUAUUGACCAGGGGAACGAGGAGGAGAAAAUAGCUGCAGCCCAGAGUCUUUUAGGCCAGCUGCCAAGAGCUAAUGUAGUUCUCUUGCAAUACCUUUUUGGAGUGUUACGCAACAUUGAGCAGAAUUCCUCAUCCAAUCAGAUGACAGCUCACAAUUUAUCAGUGUGUAUAGCCCCAAGCAUUCUUUGCCCACCUCAUUCUGGCAGCUCAGCAUUAGAAAACGACUUCAGAAAAAAGAUUUCUUUUGUACAAUUUCUCAUUGAAAACUGCCUCAAGAUAUUUGGAGAAGAUAUCACUUCCCUCUUUGAAGAGAGCCCAAUGAGUUGUGAUAGUAGUGAUAUCACUGAUAGCCGUGAGAAGGCUGCAGUGACAACAGAACAACCUCUUGAAUCCAAGCCAGUGAGAGAGAUAGUGAUUUACAAAAAGGCACAACUGCAGGAUGAUGCCAAGACCCCGCCUAGCAUGGGUCCACCCAGCGACGUGUCUACAAUUUUCUAAGUCCCCGAAGGUUAUAAUCUCCAUAAUCACACUUGACCCUUCCUUUUCCUCUCUUUAGCGACCUGUCUACAAUUUUCAAAGUCACUGAAGAUUAGAAUUCCCCAUAAUCACACCUGACCCUUCCUUUUUGUGUAUUUCCUAUAAUACCUCAUUUGAAUUUUAUUAAAGGCUUU